AGCUGCUAGCAUGGCUGUAGACUCUUAGUCUAGUUUUUAUUAGCUUAUCACUCAACUAACUAAUCUGUCUCCAUACCUUGGCUACACAUCUACUUCCCAGCUUUACACAAAAAUAAUACACACGGCUCUAGCUAGAGAAAGGAGAGAGAAGGGGAAUGGAAAUGGUAAAUAAAAUCAUGUGAUGGUUGACACUUUGCCGCAUAAUUGGAGCGCUGAAAACAAACUUUGAUUUGAGGCACCUUCAUUCAGGGACUACGGUCAUCAGGCAUUUGUAGCUUCACGUCACCGGCUUGACUACAAGUCUACAAGUCAUUGAAAAUGACUUGUAGACAGGAGAUUACAGGUACAAAUGAUAAUGCUUCACAACAGGUAGACCUGCAAGUGUUCUCUGAAUAACAGACAGGAUUAAAUCAAAGUAACGGUGGUAAUGAAAAGUGAAAGCAUGUUGUAUCAUUGUUAUGAAAGGGCUGGCACGCUGUGGUUAACACAUGAGCAUGCUGUGCAGACAAGGUAAAUGCCACAGACAAUCUUAACAUUUCCUGUUUUGUUCUUGUGGCUGACACAUCUUCACUUUACUGUUAAGAGGACAGACAAUUUUCCCACACAAAUAUUUUAUCUUUUUGCGCUGAGAGGACAAAACAUAGCUACCGAGAGCAAAGGAAGACUGCGUUGUAACAUCAUCAUAUAGAAAACCAGAACUCAAUAUUGAAAUCAUCCUAUAGAUAAUCAGAUUUGAACUAUUUUUUCUACUAUUUUUCAGUCUUUUCGGCCAGAAUGUUGCACCACCUUGGUGAUUUUCCUCAAGGAUUGAUCAAACUCAUUACAAAGUCUGUGGGCAUUUUCCUGCUCAUAGCCCUCUUCUUCAUUCUGCAGUACUUAUUCGAUAUGGAUUUUCGUUGCUCAUGCAGACCAGGUGUACAUCUAAAUGAUGGAGUGUUCAUGGCUGCCCCUCCUUUGAUCCUCAUCUCGAUGGUCACCUUAAUUGAGUCCGUCUACCAAAUGGGGAUGUUUUGUCGCAGCUGUAAUUAUUUUGUCAACAAUUUCUGCACCUCUUUUGUGAAGUUUUGGAUGAAAUAUCUUUUUCUGACUGCUGUUUGGGGGUCCACGGUUCUGUUUGAUGGAGAUUGGUACUUCUGCCUGCAAACAAACCUCAAUAGCUCCCAGACCGGGAUUCCUUGCAAGACAAAUCAGACCUACGAGGAGACACUCAUCGAAGCUGAUUAUAAGAUUAAAUCACGUGUCAUUGGUUUCGGUGUAAUCUCUGGAAUUCUUUUGCUUUGGAUCAUCUUUGAUUUUAUAAAAGCCUGCCAUAUUAGAAUGAGUAUGUGGAAAAGGAGCUCUGUGUCUCGAUACAACCUGUGUUGCCCUCCCUACUACAGAUGGGUUUAUGAAGGUCUUCUGUCAGAGGAGGUGAGCAGUCUUUUGAAAGACGAGCUAAGAAGAAUAGCAAAAGAAAGAGCAGAACAACUCUGUAGAGGACAUAUUACGACUAUUCAUAGACACGAGACGCAGGGACAAAACCCAGAUGGCAGGACUGUUCCCGACACAAAUGCAGGUGGUGGCAGUGGCCAUCCCACUGAAAAGAAAGAUGACAGCACUGGUGAAAUCAGUGGAGAUCCCAAUAGACCUCUCAUUCGUGAUAGUGAAAAUAAUGAGCAAGAUAAUAUUUUUGAUACCUGGCAGACAAUUUCACUCUCCUCUUUCUACCUGUUGGAUGAGGGGUUUGAGCAGGACAAUUCAUGAAGGGAGAUUGAUUCUGAUGAGCAACAACUGUAUUAUAUUGCCAUAACCUAUCAAACAAUGUCACGGAUCUAGUGCCUUCAAGAAACAAGCCAGUAAAAAAGGUACACUGUCAUGUUUUUAUAGCAGGGCCAUGGAGCAAUGAUAGGUUUGUAAAUUCUUUCCAAAGUAAACAUUGAAAAUAACUGAAAAUAAUGUGUACAUAAUAACCAAUCCAUCAUAAAACAUGUGUACAAAAUAUAAUAAAUGAUGAUGUAUUUUCAUGGAGUAGUUAGAAUGACCCAGCUGCAGCAUUACAUGACAAUUAUUGCUUGCACAUAAAUGCACCUAUAAUAUAUAAUAUAAUCAUACCAACUAUUUAAUGUACGUUAUCUGAAAUAAUAAUAUCUUUUUUCUUCAGGUUUUUAUAUUGUUCUGUAUCUUC